GAGGGGGCUCGCGCUGCCUUUUCCCGCGCGGCGGGGCGCGAGGCUGCGGACGGCCCCGCCCGCCAACAGCGACUUCCGGUUUAUUCAAGAUGCUGUGUCCUCCACUCCUGUGUGUAUUUCUGCUUAUGGUACCUGGUUGGGCUCAGGAUGAUGAAUGGAUUGAUCCCACAGAUAUGCUUAACUAUGAUGCUGCUUCUGGAACGAUGAGAAAAGCUUCACAGAUGAAUGCUGUUCCACCAGAAAAAGAGAUGGAAAUGAGUGUGGCUCCUUCCCACAAAUCAUGUGACGACGAAGUAUCAGAAUGUUAUACCAGACUUGCUUCCUUAAAUCAAAAGAUGAACAACUGCGAGAAGAAAAUGAUGGGCGAUCAUGAAAGCCAGCGCGAUUCUGUUUUUAGAAGAUACUUGAAUAAAGUUUUAAAUGAAGCUGGAAGACUUGGACUUCCUACCGAGGAUAGCGGCGCUAUGCAUUACGAUGCUGAGAUUAUCCUUACAAGACAAACAGUGAUAGAAAUCCAAAAGUUUCUCAGUGGAGAAGAUUGGAAAUCGGGAGCUCUGGAUGAUGCAUUAAGCGAUAUCCUCAUUAAUUUUAAAAGCCAUAAUUUUGAAGUUUGGAAAUGGCGCUUUGAGGACACCUUUGGAGUGGAUCCUUAUAACGUAUUCAUGGUUCUUCUGUGUUUGGUGUGCGUUGUUGUAAUAAUAGCUACUGAGUUAUGGACACACGUGCGGUGGUAUACUCAGUUUAAACGGAUUUUAUUCAUCAGUUUCCUGAUCAGCUUUGGAUGGAACUGGAUGUAUUUAUAUAAGGUAGCUUUUGCUCAGCAUCAAGCUGAAGUUGCCAAGAUGGAACCAUUGAAUGAUGUGUGUGCUGAGAUGAACUGGAGUGGAAGUCUUUUUGAGUGGAUUCGAAGUUCAUGGACAUUUCAGGAUGACCCUUGCCAGAAGUACUACGAGUUGUUAUUAGUAAACCCAAUUUGGCUGGUUCCACCAACAAAGGCACUGGCUGUCACAUUUACUAACUUUGUUACGGAGCCGCUGAAGCAUAUAGGACAAGGCACUGGAGAAUUUAUUAAAGCACUCAUGAAGGAAGUACCAAUGUUGCUUCAGAUUCCAGUGUUAAUCAUGAUGGCUUUGGCCGUGCUGGGUUUCUGUUUUGGGGUAGGAAGAACAUCAGGUGACACCAUCAGAUACCUAAGAGGUCCAGAAAGAGAGCCCCCCUGGGCGCUGCAGCCAGGCCACAGCAGGCGGAGGGAGGAAAUUGCUUACGAGCGCCGAGGCGCCGGCGGGGAUGCCGGAGACCUCUAUGUUGAGGAACGACCCGCCCGCAGAGCAGACGACUAUCGAGGCGGUGAUGCUCCUACAGACAGGGACGCCCAGCGGAGAUUUCGCAGCCGCGGGAGGAGCCCCGAAGUGUUGCGAGCCGGGGACGUCUCAGACGGACGAGGAGAACGGCUCCCCGAGGGAGAGCCCGGCAUGCCGAAACAGAGUCAGAAAAGAUAUGAGGAUUUUCCACCCAAAGAAGUGCAAAAAGAGGACAGUUUGGACAUAUCGAUGCCAAAACAGAGUCAGAAAAAAUAUGAGGAUUUUCCACCCAAAGAAGUGCAAAAAGAGAACAGUUUGGGCAUAUCGCCUAAGUCACCUGUUGUAGCUGCAGGGCAGAAGGAGAGUCUGGAAGCCCCAGGAAGCCGCGUGGAGCCAAUCCAGCCCGGAAAGCCUCGGUCGCUAGGCAGCCCCGGAGAGGAGCCCGAGGCCCGGCCCGGAGCGGAAGCCAAAAACGGCAGCCUCGGUGGAUCGGGCGGAUCUGCAAUUCAGGAAAACAGCCAGCUGGCCCAGCGGGUGACACAGACGCAGGAAGAAACCGUGAGAUCUACUGUCACUUUUUCUGCCCUCUGCCUUUAACACAUCACGUUGCUCCGGGCAACUGCCAAAUCUCGCAGUGGGGUUUUGGGUGACUUAACUGAAACCCUCCUAGUGAAGAGCUGAACGUUGUCAGGGCCGGGGCCAACUCUUUCAGGCUCUAUUUCUUUUCCUUUCUCUGCUUCUUGUUGGGUAGCGCUCACCCUGAGGAUUUUCCACAUUUCUUUUGUAUUAGGACUAAGACCAAGCAAGGCCCGAGAACAUGUCACGGACACCCUCUGAUUUUCAGCCGCUCCUCCCGUCGAUGCCAGCGUGCCACGUUCAGUCUCUUCUCCUUUUGUGAGGAAACUCUAGUCUGGAGUGGAAAUUUCCUCUCCCUCCCGGGGUCUGCCUGCCCCUCUCUGUAAUGCCCCGGAACAGGACGCUAAAUAAACAAGUUUAGUUACUU